AUGUUGCGACAUAGAGCCUGCGAGGAAUGCAAAAGAAAGACAAGAUGUGAUAUGAAGCAGCCGUGCUGCUCAUUGUGUGGUCGAGUUGGAAGUACGUGUGUCUAUCCGUCACCAAUAUCUUCUCGGCACCGUGGAUGGAGAUCCAAGCUCGCCUUCCAAACCACCUCCUCCACUGCCGCCGUUGAGUAUUUGACCGAUGGCCAACCACUUUCAUCCCAUCUGCUGGAUGAUCAGCACGAACUAGAUGGCCAUAUACUGGACCUAAUGGAUUAUAUGGACGGCGUUGCCGACGACAUGCCAUGGGAUGCUGACUUUCAGACGCUGAACUCGAAUGUCAGUUACGACUUAGAUGCCCGACAUGCUGGACUUGGUUGGAUUCCCUCUGGACGAGUUUUGCAGGAUUUCAAUUUGAAUGGCAAGUCUCCUCUGAAGAAUUGUGUUGCACCGCUUGCCAGUCAACCGCCAAUUACUCAAAUUUCCAAGCCAAAACUCAAUGGCGUAUACUAUUCACUAUCAGUCCCUGAUGUGGUUGCUAAUACCCUAAUCGAGACAUUCUUUGAACGGGCUCAUCACUCAGUUCCAAUCCUCCAUCACCCUACUUUUUAA